AUGAAAGUAAAUAUUUUAUCAUGGAACGUCAGGGGGAUUAACAAGAUUUCAGCAAGGAAUCUGGUUAAGAGCUCUCUUCUAAAAUGGAGAGCUGAUGUUUAUUGCCUUCAAGAGACAAAAAUCCGUAAAGAUGUAGAGGGGAUAGCCAAACAAUUGUGGUCUAGUAGAUGGAUGAAAUGUGGGUAUGCUGAAGCUGAUGGUAGUAGUGGGGGGAUACUAAUUAUGUGGGACUCAAGAGUAUGGACGGGUAGUUGUGUGGAGGAAGGCAAAUACUCAAUCACUUACAAAUUUGAAGCUGUUCACGAUGGUUUUUGUUGGUUUCUUACUGGUGUAUAUGCUCCACACACCAGAGCUGAGAAACUGGAGUGCUGGGAAGAAAUUGCAGCAGUUAGGGAGCUAUGUGGAGGCCCCUGGGUCACCUGUGGGGACUUCAACACUGUCAGAACAAUGGCAGAAAGGAGAGGAUGCAGAAGAAUAACCAAUGUAAUGGCUGAUUUCUCGAGUUGGAUAGAGGAUAUGGAGUUACAUGACCCUCAUCUAAAUGGUGGGACCUUUACCUGGUACAAAGGGGCUGGCCACGACAGUGCUGCGAGACUGGACAGGUUUCUCUAUUCAAUUGAGUGGGAAGUACAAUUCAGAAACAUAAGGCAACAAAUUAUGCCUAGAGUUAUAUCUGAUCACAAUCCAGUUAUAUGCUACAAUGUGGUGAUUGGGAACAGAGGAAGGCAUACUUCAAAUUUGAGAACUGGUGGCUUAAUGUAG